AUGUCAGACAGACGCACUCCACCAAAAUCUUCCACAACAACUAAAUUAAUACAGGCGAGGUCCGAUUCGGACAUUCCACAGGCGAUGUCAAGUAGUCCUUUCGGAAAUGUAAACACUACUUCACGUAGUAAACGCCCAUGUCCAGAACCUUCACCCUCACCUAAAAACAAGGAACCCGCAUCGUCACCUAGAAACAGCGACCUCCAGGACUUUAAGCAAGAGAUACGCCAGAUGUUGACUACUUGGAAAAAGGAACAACAAGAUUACCUUACAAAAAUAAUAAAUGAACAAAGUACUCAAUUAAAAAGGCUCGUCUCUGACAUAGCCGAACUAAAAAUACAAAAUAACUCAAUGCAAAAGUCAUUCUCGGAGAUGGAAAGCACUGUCACAUUCAUUAGCAAACAAUAUGACGAUAUGUCAAAACAACUUGAGUCAUUGCAAAAAGAAAAACGAGCGUGCAGAGACAGCAUGCAACAGCAGGAUGCGAAAUUACAAGACCUGCAGCAACUAUCUCGGUCAUCCAUUAUAGAAAUUCGCAACGUUCCCAACAAAGAGAAGGAAACCGCAACCGAUCUCACCUCCGUCGUUAGCAGGAUAGGCGCAACGAUCAACACGCCGGUCGAUCGAACGCAAGUGCGCGACAUCUACCGCCUACCGGGUAAACCUGGAACGGUCAGACCGAUAGUCGUGGAAUUCACCAAUGUGGAGACAAAAAACCAAAUGAUUACCUCCAUACGCAACUUCAACAAAGGGAACCCCAUUGAAGGACGAUUGAACACUCUCAGUAUUGGCCUGGGCGGCGACCGUCGGCCGAUCUAUGUCGCAGAAUAUCUUCCUGCCAGCUCGCGAAAACUCUUCUAUAUAACGAGAGAAUUUGCGAAACGAAUGGAAUAUAAAUAUUGUUGGACGUCGAAUGGAAAUAUAUUUCUGCGUAAGGAGGAAGGUGCCAGACAACUGCUUAUUAAAUCCGAACAAUCUCUUGCUGACCUGCAAGUUCAAAUGACUAAAUGA